AUGCCUCCUCCGUGGCGCUUUGACUGGACGGGCCGUAUCUACCUCAUCAAAGAUAAGUACGUCCUGAUUGAAGAACAGCUCACAGAGGCAUUUAACGAAGCUAUGGGACAGUACCAUAUCUUGACUCUGGCCCGUUAUGUUGAUACAAAUGAACCUCUUAUGCUCAAAAUCGGCUAUGAAAUCGAUCCUAGCACACUCUCACUGCCCCCAUUCUUUCAGAGGAUCAGUCUCAAAACAGUCGCCCAGAUUGGCCAUGGGCCUCAAUUCAUCGAUCAAGUCAGCCAGCGCGGAGGAUCACCGUACCCAAAUGGUCUUGUGGACUUUAUCGUCAUGAGUCGUGUUCCUGGGGAAAAUGUUGGGGAGAUAUUCCUUGACCUUACAUCCGCCCAACUCCAGAGCAUCAAAAGACAGCUUACGCAUAUACUAGAGUGGAUGCGACAGAAGGGCUUUAUACUAUCACAUCAAGACCCAAACUUCCUUCGAUACGACAUAGAAAACGAUAAGCUGUAUAUUGUUGACUUCACUUUUAUGGACUUCAUCGUGCUAGACCCUUUAAUGGAGUCGAUAGAAGAAGAUAACAUGUUCGUUCUCGCAUUCAACAUCUGGAGAGAACAUAUGCCGGGACCCCCUUUCCAAGGUAGAGGAGUAAAUCCAUCGGGGAUGGCUCAAAGGUAG